AUAGAUUCCUAGCGGCUUAUAUAAAAAUCUGAGCGGUGCACUGGAAUUAUUUCAAUACCCAUUCGGCACUCGAAGCCCUCCCGUGGUUUGCGCUCAGUUUGUUAAGUGCCUCGAUCCUAUAGUUGUUGUUUAGUUGUUUAACUUUUUUCACAACAUUAAUUUUGUUACUGUUACUGCUGCUGUUGCUGUUCUCCACUUUGAUACAAGUUUGUUUAAAAGGUGCGCGUGUGCGGAUAAAUAUGGGACAAGGAGACGAUCACAGAUUAACAAUGGAGAUGAAGCAGGAAAGAGAUUUGCAAGGAGUUGGAGGUGGUGGUCUAGGCGUUGGUUACAGCAAUCCUGCUCUUGCCGUAUCCACGAACAGCGUUGCUAAUAACGACAGUGAGAUUAGGGGUAGCAACGCGUUUAUUUUGGUGGAUGAUGAGAAGAUGUCAGCUUUCGACAAUUUCGUGCCGUGGUUCAAGCGGAAGGCUCGGAACGCCUGCACCAAGAAAAUGCUGUACAAAAGGGUACCGAUCCUCAACUGGUUGCCCAAAUACAAUUUGGACUGCGCCGUCGGGGAUCUGGUUGCAGGAAUCACGGUCGGUUUAACGGUAAUUCCUCAAUCGUUGGCUUACUCGAACAUCGCAGGUCUACCUCCACAGUUUGGAUUGUACGGCUCGUUUUUGGGUUGUCUGGUGUACAUACUCUUCGGGAGUUGCAAGGAUGUCCCCAUGGGACCGACGGCCAUAGCUUCGCUCUUAACAUUCCAAUCCGUUAACGGCAUGGGUAUAGAACACGCAAUUUUGCUCUGUUUCCUCACAGGUUUGAUAGAAGUGCUGAUGGGACUCCUCGGUUUAGGUUUCUUGAUAGACUUCGUGUCCGGGCCUGUAUCGUCCGGAUUCACGUCCGCCGUUGCCCUGAUCAUCGUCACGUCGCAGGUGAAGGACGUGCUGGGCAUUGUCGUGAAGGGCAAUACGUUUCUGGAGAUGUGGAUCAGUAUUGGAGAGAACAUAAAGGACACGAGAACCUGGGACACGGUUCUGGGUGUUGUGUGCAUUGUGAUCCUGCUGCUGAUGAGGCUGGUGGCCAUGGUGAAGAUAGGUCCGAGCCAGGAAUCCGACGGAGUAACAAAACCGAAGCAGCCGACGAUCGUCCACAAAAUAAUAAACAAAACGUUGUGGUUAAUUGGCACUUCGAGGAAUGCGAUCCUGGUGAUUCUUUGCGGCGUCGUCGGCUAUUUAUUCUCGAGCGGGGAGCCUCCAUUUAAACUAAUUGGGGAAAUUCCACAAGGGCUGCCCGAAUUCAAAGCUCCCGUUUUCAGCGUCGAAACGGAAGACGGAACAAUUUCUUUCAUCGGGAUGGUGAAGAAUCUCGGCUCCGGUUUGAUUGUCGUCCCACUAAUUGCGCUGCUGGAGAACAUCGCCAUCUGUAAAGCUUUUGCGGAUGGAAAAGCUGUGGAUGCGACGCAGGAAUUGAUAGCUAUUGGCUUGUCGAAUGUGGCUAAUUCUUUCGCUCAGGGCUUUCCCGGUACGGGGUCUUUGUCGAGGAGCGCCGUGAAUAAUUCGAGCGGAGUGAAGACUCCUUUAGGGGGUCUUUACACGGCCCUUUUGGUAAUCCUCUCGCUGCUGUUCUUCACGCCUUACUUCUCCUACAUCCCGAAAUCCGCUUUGGCCGCUAUAAUUAUCGCAGCUGUCGUUUUCAUGGUCGAAGUCAAAGUCAUCAAGCCGAUGUGGAAGACCAAAAAGAGCGAUUUGAUUCCUGGAUUCGUGACGUUCGCUGCUUGCCUGGUGCUUCCUCUGGAGAUCGGCAUCUUGGUGGGAAUCGGUAUAAACCUACUCUUCAUCCUGUACCACGCCGCCCGUCCUAAACUAUCGAUCGAGAAGUUGGUCAGUCGCGGAGGAAUUGAAUACUUGAUGCUGACACCCGACAGAUGCCUGAUCUUCCCGUCAGUCGAUUACGUGAGGAAUCUCGUGACGAAGCAUUCCAUCAGGAACGGCGUCCCAGUGGUGAUCGACUGCUCGCACAUCUACGGCGCCGAUUACACCGCAGCAACCGUCAUCGAAACCCUCACCAAAGACUUCGUCUCCAGAGGACAACCACUGUUCUUCUUCAACCUCAAACCGAGCGUCUGCGCCAUCUUCGAAGGUCUCGCCCCGAAAGGCUUCCACGUCUACUACAACCCCGAAGACAUCGACCGUCUCCUCACCGACAAAGACGACACCAAACCAAAGGAUAUUAUGGACGUUUAAACGUACAACACCUAUUUAUUAUUUAAUCUAAAACAAAAUCGAAACAAGAAAAGAAACGAAACAAAAAAAAAACU